CAACAGAGAUUUGGUCGUCAGCUUCCCUUCCGUAGCAGAAAAAUGCUAAGCAGGAAAAGUGUGGGAUAAGACUGCUUUGCAUAAAAUUACCCAGACAGACUGUCUGUCGAGGCAGGCGAGUGUCCUGUGAAGUUGCUCCCACACACUUUUCAGGCUGUUUUAAAGAUGGAAGCCACGCUGGGUGAACAGACUGCUGUGGGUUUUUCAGCGGGGACUGAAGGACCUGAACACCGACAGGAGCUGGAAGCCUCUGACGAAGCUGUCACGUUCAUGUCCGGCAUCGAGCCUGCCGAGCUGCAGAAGUGUGUGUUUGCAGACUCGCUGGUGACUGUAUCAGAGGGGGGGAGAGAGCUGGGGGAGUUCAGUGUGACGGUGGAGUUUGCCCGGAGAGAGCAGCCAUGCAUGAUGCUUCAUGCUCAGAGCCACGGAGCCAUUGAUGACUGCCCCUGUGGGACAGCAGUGACAGCCUACCUAACGACUGACCUGCAGGUGCUGGAGGAAGAUCACCAUGAAUAUGUCAAGCUCGAGGGCCAUAGUGUGGACAAAAGGUGUCACAUGGUGCAGCGUGAUGGGCUGAUGGUGAUCCAUAAGGUUACGACUGUGGGAGAGAUAAUUAACACCUCUUUUAGAGAGCUGGGUCAGAGGCAGCUAGAGGUCGGGGGUGAGCUCCUGGAUGUAUUUGGGGUAGAGAGGAUUAUUCAGUCCAUGGAGGGCAGCCCCAGUACCUGGCAGUGCUACUUCCUGGAUGAUGGGCAUCUGGUGACCAGAGUUCAGGUGGGGUCACCAGUCACCAUGAGACUUCUAGAGUUGCCAUCAAAGGCAGAAAAAGUAGAUUUCAAGAAGAUCCCCCUUGUGUGGGAGGAAGACAUGCAGAUGCGUUCUAAGUUUCUGGACAGAAAGGAAGAGCUUAAGGCCGACCACUCCUCAUACUUGAGACAGCAUCCAGAGAUUCGAGCACUAAUAUCUGACUUCCUGCAGUUGCUGUUGUUGAGGAAACCAGACGACGUCUUUCUGUUUGCCAGAGAGUACUUCACCCCUUUCACCUCCAAUCAUCCUGCAGACGCAGACCAGGAAGCCCAGUCCCUCUAGUCACAUUAUCACAUGCUCACAAACUGUCUCUUUACAAGCUUCAUAUAUGUUUGUUCAUGAGAA